CGCCUUCCAUCACGUCAGUCCGUCUCCCGUCGCGCGCGCAAGGACCCCGACCGCAACUGCUGGUACAGACACAACCCACCCGGUCGCCGGCAACCCUUCUCUACACGCAGAAGGAAUCGCGAUCGAUCAGCCCUAAAAGCACAAAACGAUGUCGACGCCCAUAACCGCCACAGCAACGCUGCCUCGCGCCUAUUCGGACCGCUACCAUUCGCAGUUUGCAUACCAGCAUCAUCAUCAGCCUUAUCCCGUCCAGGCCAACGCCUCCUCGUUUUAUUCCCAGAAUACUCCCAAUCUCCCCAGCAUUCUGUCGCCCACAGGAACACGACAACCAUUUCCAGACCCUCCUUCGGCCCAGUACUCGCUCGUCGACCACCAAUCACCAGUCAACGCGCCGCCACCUCUGAUCGCCUCCUCGGUCGUCCUCAAGCCCAUCACCCGAACGUUACCACCCCCUCACCCGUGCCCGUCUCAACAACUACCUCCCCAGCGGUUGACCCUUCAACCCGGGACCGAUCAUACAGCCAUGGCGACAGCCCCCAACCCUGACGGGUCCGAGCCCGCCUCACAGCAAACUCGUAAGAGGAGACGCGGAGAGACCAACUGGGCCGAGUUCUAUCAAAACGGCUUGCCUAAGGAAGUCAUCGUGAUUGAUGACACUCCCGAGCCCGAGGGUACGGCCACCAGGAGUGUAGCCUCUCAAACCCUGUCCAAUGCCCACAUCGUCACCAACCCGUCAGCUCCAACUCAGCCAACAGCCAAGAGGCGCAGGCCGAAUGGCCACUACGACCCUGUCCACCACGACAACUAUGUUCCUGCCCAGAACCAAACACAGCGGUCGCUGCCGUCUGCUUCCAAUUCCCUCAACUCACCCGCGUCUACUAGCAACAGCGCAAACUCGGCCCAGCACACCACGACGGCGACUUCGCUCGGCUCCCUCUCGUCACAUAGUUACAACGAUGACUACGCCCAACCAGGCACAAAGCGGAGGAAACUCACCCGACAACAGGCCAAUGAGGCCAAGCGUCGAGAAACCGCUCAUGCCGAUACCUUUGCAGUGUACAAACCACCUCCUUAUCCUCCUAAGAAGGCUGGCGAGGUACAUGUCAAGGUCAUCCAGGACACUUCGCCGAAUCAAAACGCCAGAGUUGAUGAUGAUGAUGGUCACAUGAUUGUGAUUCCCGGAAAUGAUCUUACGGAGAGAUACGAGAUACUCAAAUUGCUUGGCCAAGGCACUUUCGGUAAAGUCGUGCAGGCCAAAGACAAGAAGCGCAACAAGCUUGUCGCGAUCAAGAUCAUUCGGUCUGUGCAGAAGUACAGGGACGCCAGUAAAAUAGAACUUCGUGUACUGGCAACUUUGAAGGCGAACGACGAGGAGAAUAGGAACCGUUGCAUCCAUCUCCGGGAUUGCUUCGAUUUCCGUGGCCACAUCUGCAUCGUCAUGGAUUUGCUUGGGCAGAGCGUGUUUGACUUCCUGAAGGACAACAAUUUCGUGCCCUUUCCCAACAGUCAGAUCCUGGCCUUUGCUCGUCAGCUGUUCACUAGCGUGGCUUUCUUGCACGACCUUAACCUGAUUCAUACCGAUCUCAAACCCGAGAACAUCUUGCUCUGCAAUCAAGAGUAUCAGACGUUUACAUACUCCCGCACCAUUCCGUCAUCUUCCACGCUCACCAAUCGCAGGGCCGUGCAUAGAAAGGUUCUUCUAGACACAGAAAUCAGGCUCAUCGAUUUUGGGUCCGCCACCUUUCAAGACGAGUAUCAUUCAUCUGUCGUAAGCACUCGACAUUAUCGGGCGCCCGAAAUCAUACUUGGACUGGGGUGGUCCUUUCCCUGCGACAUAUGGAGCAUUGGCUGCAUUCUGGUCGAGUUUUACACAGGCGACGCUUUGUUCCAGACGCACGAUAACCUGGAGCAUCUGGCAAUGAUGGAGGCGGUAGUCAACCAUAAAAUUGACCCUUCGCUUGUCCAGCAAGUCAACAGGAUGACCAGGAAUGGUGGCAACCCGGCCGCGAAGUUUUUCAAGCGCUCAAAACUGGACUACCCUGCUCCCGAUACCACCCGUGCGUCCAAGAGAUUCGUGAAGGGCAUGAAACCUCUCGAUGAGAUUAUCCCUGCUAGAAAUAGUCGCUUUCUUGCUCUGUUCCUGGAUCUUCUAAAGAAGAUCUUUAUGUAUGACCCCAAUAAGCGUAUUACCGCCAGGCAAGCCCUUGAGCACGAAUGGUUCAGAGAGCACCUCCCACCAGACGACGGUACCGAAGCCACCCGAAUCAGGCUCGAAAAGGAAGCAGAAAGACAACGCCGGGAGGUGGAAGCGCGAAGAACUAUGCUACCGGCCAUGCACGCAGCAUGACGCUGGAGUCCUCCUCGACUUAUCGACGAGGGGCAAGCGUGAGUUCUUGCGGGAAUUUCAGAAUUCCAAGCCUGAGAUGGCGCUCGAGAGAAAAUACUUUGGGAAUGAGAGGUUGAUGGCGAUACGGAGCAGAGCGGUGGCCGAUGCAUUUCUCCCGAUUCCAGCCUCCCAAGAAGUGACACUGGGUCCAAG